GGGGGGCUCUGAGGCGGAUUCGAGCGUGUGUGAACUCAGUUUGACCGGAUGAUUGAGGUUGUUGAGUGAGAAACUGGUUGCAGAAUUGUAUAUGGAUGAGUUUGAGAGGAGCUAUGGGAAACUAGCAUUGAGGUAAUAACAUUUGAGAAGCACUUCCCUUUGUCGAAAGUGCUGAUGGUAACGGUGCCAUCUUCCCUUAGCAUCAGUUUUCCUUGACGAUUUGAAGGGGGGCAGGAGCCAAGUGCCAGCUGUUUCAUAUCUGGAAAUUAAUCCUAGAAAGGUACCUGCAUUUGCAUUGAAUUAUACAGUUUGGAUGCCAUUUAAAUCUUCUUGUCUGAUCCUGUGCCUAGCAUUUCCAGUACUAUUUUGAACAAGAGUGAAAAAGCCUGAGAAGAUGAAGAGCAGCUAGAGGGGCAGCAAGACUUUGGUCACGUUGCAUCGUCUUCAGUAAAGUACAGACUGAGGGAAAUAUAAGAAAAUUGGAAAAAUACUUCCUCUGAUUUCAGACCUUUUAUCUUUUAAAGGCAACAUUCUUUCUUACGUAGAAAAAAUUUGAAACACAAUUAGACUUAAUCAUGAGGGCAUUGUGUAGGAACAAAUCGUCAAUUUUAUUGAUUUGAAAAUCUUGCCACACUUUCUCCUUAUGGUAAUAACCCUGUUUAAAUGUAAAUCAGUUAAAAAGUUUGAACCCCAUCAGAUACCAGAACAUUCGUACUAGAUUCAUACCCUGUGAACUUACUGAAUGUGAGAAUACUUUCACUUGUGGCACACCUUAUGAAUUGUAGAAAUCAGGCUGAAGAAAAACCUUGCGCUUCUAAGGAAUAUUGAAAAGUCUUUAGGGAGAUGACAUUUCACUGAGCAGAAAAAAAAUUGAUACUGAAGAGAAACCACUAAAUAUAGCAAUUCACUGAGUAUUAGAAUAUUUAUACUUUGAGAGAAAGCUUUGAACUCGGUACAAUAAAGUUUUAUCUCACAUCUAUCCUUUACUUUGAAAGUCACACACAGAGAAUAUCUACUAAUGUAAGAAAUGUGGAAAUACCUUCAGCCAAAAGUAAAUCCUCAUUUAUCAAAAAAUUCAUACAGGAAAGAGAACUUGUGAAUGUUGGAAAGCUUCUUUUCAGAUGUCAGAGCACAGUCAGCAGAGAAUUUGUAGUGGGGAAAACCCCUUUGCUUGUAAGGUAUGUGGGAAAGUCUUCAGCCACAAAUCAAAUCUCACUGAGCAUGAACAUUUUCAUAAUAGAGAGAAACCUUUUGAAUGUAAUGAAUGUGGAAAAGCCUUCAGCCAAAAGCAGUAUGUUAUUAAACAUCAGAACACCCAUACUGGAGAGAAGCUUUUUGAAUGUAAUGAAUGUGGAAAAUCGUUCAGCCAGAAGGAAAACCUUCUUACCCAUCAGAAAAUUCACACUGGUGAGAAACCUUUUGAGUGUAAAGAUUGUGGGAAAGCUUUCAUUCAGAAGUCAAACCUCAUCAGACACCAGAGAACUCACACAGGAGAGAAGCCCUUUGUAUGUAAGGAAUGUGGGAAAACCUUCAGUGGCAAAUCAAACCUUACUGAGCAUGAGAAAAUUCAUAUUGGUGAGAAACCCUUUAAAUGCAGUGAAUGUGGAACAGCUUUUGGGCAAAAGAAGUAUCUCAUAAAGCACCAAAACAUUCACACUGGAGAAAAACCUUAUGAAUGUAAUGAAUGUGGAAAAGCCUUCUCUCAACGAACAUCACUUAUUGUACAUGUGAGAAUUCAUUCAGGUGAUAAGCCUUAUGAAUGCAAUGUAUGUGGGAAAGCUUUCUCUCAAAGUUCAUCUCUUACUGUGCAUGCAAGAAGCCAUACAGGUGAGAAGCCCUAUGGAUGUAAUGAAUGUGGGAAAGCUUUCUCUCAAUUCUCAACCCUUGCUCUGCAUUUGAGAAUUCACACAGGUAAGAAACCUUAUCAAUGUAGUGAGUGUGGGAAAGCUUUCAGCCAAAAGUCACACCACAUUAGACACCAGAAAAUUCAUACUCAUUAAAACCUCUGUAAAUAUCUUAAAAAUUGGAAAGUAAUUCAUCAGGAAUUUACAGCAUGUGGCAAGCACGUCAAAGUAAUCAUUCUGAAGAAAAGUGUCACAAAUAAGCAAAAACAAACCAUAUGGGAUACCAUAAAAUUCAUACUGAAGAUAAAGUCAUAAAAAUUCUAUGCCCAGCAAAAAAAAAAAAAAAAACCUACAGGUAAAA